GCGAGCCGCGCCAGUCACCGACCGGCCUGCGUACGAGACGGUUGCGCGCGCGCACGUAUCGGGGUGCCAAUAAUUUUUUACUUACGUGAAGUGUGUGACACCGUGAAUUUUGUGUUCAGUGAUACGACUAAACAGUGUGUGUGUUACAGAGUAACAGAUAUACGGAUGAACAACGGUGGUGAACUUACUUAAAUGGUAGUUCGGGUACUUCGCCGUAAGGGUCGUCGCUCACACGGCGAGUGAAACGUUCAAGAUCACGUUCUUAUGCAAACAGAGGAAAUGUCCAUUUAACUACAUCGUGAUCAAAAGGCGGCCAUGGAGGCCUCAUCAUCAGAUUACAGCGAUGAGGAAGUGGGGGUGAUAGCCCGCGGACAGAAGCUGUGGGUGCGCGGAGUCAGGUCGCACACCACAUGUGCUGAUAUCGUGAGGGCGCUGCAGGAUGCUCCUGAAGCUGAUUGCCUAAGCGAGCCCGGGGAAUGGGUGCUAGCUGAGCGAUGGCGCGGUGUGGAGCGACCGUUACCGCCCGAUGUGCCCGUACUACACGUUCUGGCGGCUUGGGGCGAUGCGAGACAUGAGGUCCGUCUCUCCCUCCGGCGGUUGUCCAGCGGCGGCGAGGAAGACUCGGGGCGCGACAGCGACGGGCGCGAGGCGCGAGAGGGGCGCACACGGGGGCGCGAGGGGCGGCGGCGGCGGCACCGCGCCGGCACGCCGCCGCGCGCGCGCAGCGAGGACCCCGCCGCACGCCUCGUAUCCGUCAUACAGCACCAGAGCAGGACUAUACACCAGCAGCUUGAUAAACUUAGGGAACAAGAGAAACUAAUCGACCAGCUAGAGGACCAGACGCACAAGAGCAGGAUGGAGAAACAUGGAACCAACUACCUCCUCGAAUCUUAUUUACGCGAUCUCGGCAGAUGCAGCGAAGUCAACGACAGUCAGGCCGCCAACAGCGACAGUGGCGUCGGCGUCGGCAGCGGUACACCACCCAGAAGACACACGAAACACAAAUCAAGAAGAGAACGGCACCUCAUGAGAGAACACUAUUUCACUAAAGAACUGACAGAUAUAUGCCAGGUUAACUCCGAAAGACUGACACAGACCCACAACGACACAGAUUCAGACGCGUCAUCCGACGAACUAACGAAAAUACGAGAAGAAAUUGAACUCCUCGAGAAACUCGCAAUAAUCAACAAAAGGCUACACCGCGAAGAGGAACUCGUCGUGCGUCUGACCGCCAAAGUGAAACGAUACACGGACGAAAAUAAAGCAAACAGCUGCGAAAACGUAUCCCAGGUCGCUAUGCUCAUCGAUAAAAUAGAGGAGGACUUAGCGAAGACGGCAAAAGAAAUGCAAGACAACACCACGGAAUUGGAGAAGGCUGACAAAGAGCUGGAGUUCCGGAUGAAACUGUUGGACGAGUUGACGUUACAACUAGAAGAGGAAGAGCUACAGAAUACCAUCUUACAACGGCAAUUGAACGAGGCCUCGAGUCGACAGCCUAUCGCGUUGCAAGAUAGCUACAUCCCCGUCCUGGAUCAAACCAAUCCACCUGUCUUCACUUACACGGGCAACGGCUACGUCCUGGAUACACUCGUAUGACAGACAGACACACAAAUUUUGAUCCCAAAGAUGUAUUGAAAUUACCAUAAGCUUCCAGCGUGAUUAAGUCCAAAAUCCGAGAUAUAUUUAGUAUUAUUAUAGCGUAGGAAUACAUGGUGCUAAGAGUUUAUUGUCUUAUAGAUGUAGUUAGUUUGUAAAUAGUAUUUAUGUAUUGUGUCCCAUACCAAAAAUGUUCAAUAAACCACCAAUCGAUUGUAAUUGUUAGACCUAGUCAAUUGGUAAUACGACAAUAAGUAAGAUCUUCCACUUGUUAAAUCUAUAGACUAGAUUAUACUGUAUGAAAUAAAUUUAUAUGCAAACAA